GUAAAAAAUAGCUCUCUUAGCUUUGGUUCUUGCUGUGACCGCUGCCAAGUUCGUUGACACCCACACAACUUUGGCUUAAAUCAACUCUGACCCAUUCGGCCACGUUGUAUUGAGUGCCAUAAAAGCCCAUCUUUAAGCCUCAACCCCAGCCAAUGAAGUUAAUAUGUUAUUGAAUGGUGUUGGUGCAGGACUCGUCUAAGACUAGAACGACCAUGAUCAUGCUUUUGAACUUGACACCACAACAAACAACAGAAUCGUUGAAGAUUUGGAAAAGGAAAUUUUGUAUCACCAAAACCAAAUUGCCUCAAAAUACCUAAUUGAGAGAUGACACAAUCGAAGCACUCGCUGUAUCUGAAGAAGAUAUCAGAGUCACAAUUUCAGAUAUUGCCAACAACGAAGCUACUUAUGCAAGAGAAGAAGCCACAAGAAACUAAUAACACGAAACAUUUGUAUCAAAAGUUGCUGCUAUCGAUGAUGUGAUUGAUGCUAUUGAUGAAGCCGCUAAAUUGAUCCAACAUUUGAGCCUUGGAGCCUCAUUUGCUUAAUUGAAGAGCAAAUACGAUACACUCCACAAGAAACUUUCAGACAACACAUCCCACACUGCAUUGUUGCAACCAGUCAUCACUGCUCUUACUGAAUUGGCUACCCACGGAGUUAACUAAAAGGCAUUGACCAAGAUUGCUUAACUCUUGAGCGAAAUCAGAUAAUAAUUAGUCUCAGAAAAAGCUGCCAAGACUGAUGUUGAGGAUAGAUAAGCUGCUCACUGGGCUGAAUUCUCUGUCCAUUUGAGCAAUGAACACACCAGAUUGGUUGAAAGAAAAGCUUAAUUGGAAGUCUAAAUCUAAGAAUAAAAGGACACUAUCGAAGAUGCUUAAUCAUGGAUCGAAUUCCAUACUCUUGAAUUAGAAAACAGUGAAGAGAGACUUGCUGGAUAAUAAGCAUGGUAUGCAGUCUAAUCAGAAAUCUAUGAAACCUAAACCGCUGAAAGAACUGCCUAAUAAGAAAUUGUUGACAGACUCUAAGAGCACAUCAGCGAGAAGUUAUCCACCACUGCUCAAUUCAUUGCCAGCAGAAAUUGAUUUGAUUAUCAAUACAUCAAUAAAUAAUUGGAUAACAUAUGACAACUUAAA